AUGCUAACGAGUAACGAGGCUGCUAAUUAUCUUGCUAAAUCAAAGAAGCAGAGCAGAGCAGACAGCAGUGAGACCAUGGGUGAGGCCACCGCCAGCGCGCUCCCGUCGCCGGACAACUCCUCCACCAACCUCUUCAAGCAGAUCGCCGUCCACGACGACGGCACCAUCACGCGCCCCUUCGUCCCCGUCGCGCCGCCCUCCGCCGCCGGCGCGGUCCUCUCCAGGGACGUGCCGCUCGACGCCUCCCUCGGCACCUCCCUCCGCCUCUACCUCCCCAACGUCCCGCCGCCGUCCAGGCUCCCCGUCAUCCUCUUCUUCCACGGCGGCGGCUUCGUGCUCUUCUCCUCCGGCACCGUCUUCUACCACGCCUCCUGCGAGGCCAUGGCCGCCACCCUGCCCGCCAUCGUCGUCUCCCUCGACUACCGCCUCGCGCCCGAGCACCGUCUCCCCGCGGCCUACGACGACGCCGUCGCGGCCGUGCUCUGGCUCCGCGACGCGGCGGCGGGGGACCCGUGGGUGUCCGCGCACGGCGACCUGUCGCGGUGCUUCGUCAUGGGGAGCAGCUCCGGCGCCAACAUGGCGUUCAACGCCGGCGUCCGGACCAAGGACCUCGACCUGACCCCGGCCACCGUGCGGGGGCUGAUGCUGCACCAGCCGUACCUCGGCGGCGUGGAGCGGACGCCGUCGGAGGACAGGUCCGCCGACGACGCGAUGCUGCCGCUGGAGGCGAACGACAAGCUCUGGAGCCUCGCGCUGCCGGCGGGGGCGGACCGCGACCACGAGUUCUGCAACCCGGCGAAGUCGAUGUCCCCCGAGGCGUUGGCCGGCGGCCUGCCCCGGUGCUUGGUAACCGGGAGCGACGGCGACCCGCUGAUCGACAGGCAGAGGGAGCUGGUCGGGUGGCUGCGGGGCCACGGCGUGGAGGUCGUCGCGAAGACGGACCUCGCCGUGUCCCACGCCGCGGAGCUGUUCGUGCCGGAGAUCGCCGACCAGCUCUUCGCGGCGGCGCGCGCGUUCGUGUCGGCCGGCGGAGACGUCAACCCCUGAUGACGUGGUCAACGUGGGCAAUAAUACUGCAUUGAUUGCACUGAUCGAUAUUGGUGGUAGCGGCCGUGACGGCGCUUGAUUAAUUAUGUGUUAAUUUUUCAUAAUGCAAGUGUUGAAAUAAAGUGUGUGAGAGAAGUCGAUGCUUCGUUGUCAAUCGCUGUACGGUGUACGUAAUCACAAAGUCCUCCAUUUUCUCACAAAAAUACGAGUAUUAUGUCAGUGUCGAGGUUUUUGAUUUCAUGGAGAUUUGGAGUGGUAGCAGCCGCUGUUUGCACUCUAUUUUCUUUGUUAAUGUCAACGUUUGGUCCUGCAAAUUAAAAAAAGUUUAAGUUGCACAGCAGCAGUGGCGUGGUUUAUGAAGGAAUGCACUAAUAAAUGGGGACACGUACUGGUGCAGACCGAUAAAGAAAUUGGGCAAGUUAUUGUU